AUGACAGGAUCGUUGGAUUCCUCCGUUCCGCCGGAUUCCACGGAGAACACCAGCAGCAGCGAUAAAAUAGUCGUGACUCCCAUAGUAACUGAGGGGAUCAUUCGUCUGGACGCGGACGAAGCUUCUCGGAAGGCGGCCUUUCCGUCUCUCUCAUUCGCAGACCCGCCGGCCAGGGAGCAACGACUAGGAGGCGGUGGUUCGGGAAAAGAGGAGCUCUCAAUCGAAGAAUUGCUUGCAGGGGUCGCUGCGUCUGUAGAAUUCAGCUCGCGAAACGACCAGCAAGUGGUUACCAUCCAGCUACCGGAUGGGUCGUCCUUCUAUGGAACCGGGGAGGUGGGAGGGCCUCUUGAGAGGAGCAAGAAACGGAUCUUCACAUGGAACACGGACUGCUGGGGCUUCAACGGCAGCACCCCCUCGCUCUACAUGUCCCAUCCCUGGGUCUUCUCCCUGCUGCCUGACGGCCGCUGCAUCGGCUUCCUGGCUGACACCACCCGGCGCUGCGAGGUGGAUCUAAGAGGUGCACCCACCCUCUGCUUCACGGCAUCCGCUCCCUUCCCGCUCAUCCUCUUCGGCCCUACCGCCUCUCCCUUGCACCUCCUGCAACUGCUAGCCAAAGCCAUUGGCCCCCUCCCUCUCCCUGCGCGCUGGGUGCUGGGUUACCAACAGUGCCGCUUCAGCUACGAGUCUGUAGCCAGGGUGGAAGAGGUGGCAAAGACAUUCAGGGAAAAGAAAAUUCCAUGUGAUGUUAUGUGGAUGGACAUAGACUACAUGGACGGCUAUAAGAGCUUCACCUUUGAUCCAGCCACCUACCCCGACCCUCUUGGGCUCGCGCGGUUCUUGAACGAGGCGGGCUUUAAGGCGAUCUGGAUGCUGGACCCGGGGAUCAAGAAGGAGCAGGGGUACGGUCCGGUUGAGUCCGGUGAUGCGGCUGAUGUGUGGAUCCUCAAUGCAGAGGGCAAGCCGUUUGUUGGUGACGUUUGGCCUGGCCCCUGCAAGUUCCCCGACUACACGAUGCAGCGAGCCAGGGAGUGGUGGCGAGACAUGGUGGCGGAGUUUGCACGGGAGGGGGUGGAUGGCAUUUGGAACGACAUGAAUGAACCCACCGUGUUCCGAGCUGUGAAUAAGACCAUGCCAGACGACAACAUUCACAGAGGGGACGAUGACAUGGGCGGUACUCAGAACCACCUGCACUACCACAACGUAUACGGCAUGCUCAUGGCUCGAGCGACCAGCGAGGGUCUCGAGAAGGCCCUCCCCGACAAGCGGCCGUUUGUGCUGACCCGGGCGGGGUUUAUCGGCAGCCAGCGCUACGCUGCCUCGUGGACUGGCGACAACCUGGCUACAUGGGAGUACCUCCACAUGAGCGUGCCCAUGGCGCUUAACAUGGCUCUGAGCGGGCAGCCUCUGAACGGGCCUGACAUCGGAGGCUUUGCACUCAAUGCUACUCCACGCCUGUUUGCACGGUGGAUGGGCAUUGGUGCUCUGCUGCCCUUUUCCCGUGGGCAUUCGGAGAAAGGGACCAAGGACGCCGAACCAUGGGUGUUUGGGGAAGCGUGUGAGGGAGUGUGUCGGAAGGCCAUAAAGCGUCGCUACCGCCUGCUGCCGCACCUCUACACGCUCUUCUAUCAUCAUGACAACUCCGGCAGCCCUGUCAUCUCGCCCCUUGCUUUCACGGACCCAUCCAACCCAGCACUGCGGGCAGUGGAAGACCGGUUCCUGCUGGGCCCUCUGCUCGUCAUGACAUUCACAGAGCGCAGCAAGUUUGCCGACCCGUCAGCCGCCAAUCAGAGGCUGCCACCUGGCACAUGGAGGCGCUUCCAUUUCCACGAUUCCGACCGGGACCUCCCGCUGCUCUUCUUGCAAGGAGGUGCCAUACUACCCACGGGUCCUGUCGCUCAAAACACUCAGGAGCUCAGGAGGGAAGAUGCGGUCACACUGCUAAUCAGCCUCGACGAAUCAGGUUUCAGUGAGGGCCAACUCUUUGAGGAUGAGGGGGAUGGGUUUGGGUACAGGGCAGGGGAGUAUCUGCUGACCAGUUACGUGGCGACAUGUGGCACGGGGGAUGGCGGGCUGCCAGUGGUGGAAGUCAAGGUGGCAAAAGAGGAAGGUUCCUGGAAGCGGCCCUGGCGGAAGCUGGUGGCCCGUGUGCUGCUGGGAGAUGGUGCCUAUGUGCAAGCGGAGGGGUGGGAUGGCGAUGCGAUCUCUGUCCCGCUGCCCUCUGCAGUUGAGACAGACAGGCUGGUGGCAGCAGCAGUGGAAGAAGAGAAGGCGCUCAUGGAAGCGGCUCCCAUACUACCAGACGGUGCGAAGGAGGAUGAGGAGGAGGGAGGAGGCGAGGCACUGGCAGCAACGAACAUGGCAGCUGGCGACCUGCAGUGCCACGUGGUGCUCAAACAUGGAGGGAGACUUGACUCGCUCUUCCACUACCCCUCAGGGCAGGAGCUGCUGGAGUCGCGCUUCGAGGAGGGUGGGUAUGAGGAGUAUUCAGAGAGCGAGUACCGAUCGCCAGGCUGCCAGGAGCAAUACCACGUGGUGUGUGAGCAGAGGGAUCACAGCACGGGCGGCAGUCAUCGCAUGAUUGUGCAGGGAGACAUCGGCAGUGGACUCAUCAUGCGGCGCUGCUUCUCCCUCGGCCAACCCAUCCCCGCCGCCUGGGCUGCUGCCACCACCACUGCUAAUGCCGAUGCCAAGUCCCUGACCCUCAGUCAGGAGCAACAGGCCUCCUCUUUGAGUGCCGGGCUGGAUGCGGCAAUGGUGGAUGGGCCGACGAUGAUGGAUGGACCACCAUCGGUUGAUGCAGCUGAUGAUGCCACGUCAGCACUUCCGUCAACGCCCAAUCAGCUGCAUGUGACGACAGCGAUCAUAGCUGCAGCUAUUGGUGCAGGAUCGGGCGGCUUCUCGCGCCUCGCCUGCCUGCGUGUGCACCCCUCCUUCCGAGUCGUCCACUCCUUCUCCUCCGCCGCUCCCCACGUGCGCUUCACAUCCAUCAAAGGCACGGAGGAGGUGGUGAAGCCAGACGUGCAGGAGCUCUGGCUGAGAGGCGACGACAGACCCAAUGACGUGCAGGAGCUCUGGCUGAGAGGCGACGACAGACCCAAUGGCACAGGCCGUACUGUGGUCAACCGAUUCAACCCGAGUCAAGUGCAGGCGUGCUUCGUGUAUUGGGGCAGUGGGUUCUGCAACCUGGAGCUGGUUUCAGAGGAGAGGCCGGUGUCGGUUGAAACGCCCCUCAUUGUCAACCACUCAUACAGCAUUGAGACAGUGGCAGAGUGA